AUGCCCGAGGACACCCUCAUAUUCAGUGAGGAAGACAUCGAGGCCUUAUCUCAACCUCAUAAUGAUGCCCUGAUCAAGGGUCGUGGAACAACUCGGCCUGCAAAGUCAGAUCGUACCUGUGUCCCGAGUCUUGAAUGGCUUCAACAUGGCAAGCGAAACAACAAAGGGAGAAACCAUCUAGCAGUAAACGUAGCCGAGACCUUUCAAGACACGAAAUUCCAUGUGAUCGAAGGUGCCAUAAGAUACAACGCACUCAUCGGGAGACCGUGGAUACACAACCUGAGGGCGGUGUCUUCAACUCUUCACCAAAUGAUAAAGUUCCCAGUAGAGGAAGGAGUGAAAACAGUCUAUGGAGAGCAACGUGUUGCAAAAGAGAUGUUUGCUAUCGAGGAAGUGGUGCUCAGUACCCGAGCCCUUGACCUCGAGCAACAAAGGUAA